AAUGAACCAAGAUCCUGGUAAGGAAGCAAUGGGAAAUCGUCAGAAAGUCUCCCAGCAUGGUUUCCGACCUACAUCAGCAUUCCAAUGUGAAAAGCUUGAGCGAGAUUGCCGGAAAAACUGGGACUUGUUCUACAAGAGGAAUAAAACGAAUUUUUUUAAAGACAGAAACUGGACAACAAGAGAAUUUACGGAUUUACUGACAUUGGAUAAUUCUAAAAUCCUCUUAGAAGUUGGUUGUGGAGUUGGGAACUUUAUAUUCCCCCUAAUGGAAGUAUGUGAUGCAAAAUACUUUUAUGCUUGUGACUUUUCUUCGGAAGCUAUAAAGCUCUUACAGGAGAAUCCACAGUACUGCGAGGAGAGAAUUAAAGGAUUUACAUGUGAUAUUACCACAGGAGAACUAUUGGAUACCCUUGAUGAAGAUUCCGUGGAUAUUGUAACAUUGAUCUUUGUCUUGUCGGCAAUUCAUCCAGAAAAAUUCAAGAAUGUCCUGCAAAAUUUAUAUAAAGUGCUAAAACCCGGAGGUGUGCUGCUUUUCAGGGAUUAUGGGAUCAAUGAUAUGGCUCAGUGGCGUUUUAGGGAUUCCAGUAAAAUCUCAGAUAAUUUCUAUGCACGUCAAGAUGGAACUCGGAGUUACUUCUUCUCUGAUAAACAAGUCCAGGAAAUUUGUGAGGGUGCUGGUUUCCGAAUGGAGCAGAAUACCUAUGUGCACCGACAGACAAUUAACGUGAAGGAAAAUGUGGAUGUGAAGCGAACGUUUGUUCAAGGAAUUUUCCGGAAGGAUUCUUCUUAGUACUUGGCUGCCUUAUUCUUCGGGGCAUCAGAGGAUGGUUUAGCUUUUCUUUUUUCAAUAAUAUUUUGAAUUUGCUGCCAUUCCCGAUCCAAUUGGGCCUUUUCACUCUUUUCCGUCUUAUGUUUGCGUGUUUUUCGGCCGUCCUGCAUCUUCACACCGUACUGGAAGGCUGCUUUUGGCAUUGCUUCCUUGGUACUCAUGUAGUCUGAGUACUCUUCUUGAGUGUCAAAGUCCCAUCGUCCAAUUGGACCCUUCUUAUUGCCCAAAUCCAUCUUUGUGUAAUCAACUUCCUCGUCCGAAUCAUCAAUUGCAUCGUUCAUCUCCUGCAGUCCGGGGUAGCAUUCAGCGUAGCCUUCGGGUUCAGCUGUUAGGCGUGAUAUUAAACCUGCAGGGAGCUUUACUGGUGGCUUAGGGACUGAAAGUACAAGAUUUUUUUUAAAAAAAAUUCUCCACAUGAAUUGGUACGAAAUAUACAAUUUACUUACAA